AUGUCUUCAAAGCUAAACAGAGCGGCUCUCGCUCUCUCCAGGCGAGGGGGCCCAGCGACAGUUAUCCACAGAUUUGCGUCCUCCGCCAAGGCCGACCACACGGUAGAUCUUAUCGUCGUAGGCUCCGGAUGCGCCGGUCUCACCGCCGCCCUCGUCGCCGCGAAGCAAGGUCUCCAGGUCCUCGUGGUAGAAAAGAGCAACUUCUUUGGCGGCACGACGGCCUACUCGGGCGGAGGCGCCUGGAUCCCCACGAACAAGCACCAGCCCGCCGUGGGCGUGGUGGACGACUCGCGCGCCAAAGCCGAGACGUACCUCAAGAGCGUGCUCGGCGCCGAUUUGUACGACCCCCAGCUCGUCGACGCCUUCCUCUCGAGCGGACCGCGCAUGGUCGAGUGGAUGGAGGAGAACACGGCCGUGCGCUUCAAGCCCGUGCUCCUGCCCGACUACCACGAGAAGAAGCCGGGCGCGUCCGCGGCGAGGACGAUCCUGACCCGCGAGUUCGACGCGUCCGUCCUUGGGCGGCAGAGGUUGCGCGAUCUACGGUAUACCUUGCAGGGCUACCACGCCUUCGAGUCGAUGCAGGCCGAUCCCUCCGAGCUGGGGUUCCUGACGCAUCCCUUUUCGACGGUGGGGAAUUUCACCGCCACCACGCGCAAGUUCCUCCGUUAUGUAUGGGACCUCGUCCGCUACGGUAAGGGUUCCGUCACGGCCAACGGAAAUGCCUUGAUUGCGCGGAUGAUUUACAGUUGCACCCAAAACCCCCAGUCCAUCACCCUCUGGAAGAAUAGCCCGGCGGUCCGGACGAUUUUCGACGCCGACAAGGGCCAUGUUCUCGGCGCCGUCAUCAAGGGGAAGGUGCGGUGGGCAUCUACCGCCGCUGAACCCGGAGAAUGGAAUCUACGCACCCAUCUCCGUGCUGCACGGCCCCGACGGGCAAGUGCGACGGUACCCCACUUUGCCAUUGACAGGGCGAAGCCCGGGUCCAUCAUCGUGGGACCCGACGGGCGGCGAUUCGAAAACGAGUCGUUGCCGUACCAAGAAUUCAUCAAAAAGAUGCACGAUAUGUCGAUGAAGCGGUGCUUCUUCAUCGGCGACAAGACCUUUGUGCGCCGGUACGGCAUGGGCAUGGCGCUGGCCGGUCCCCUUCCCAUCCGCCACCUCGUCAAGAGGGGCUACAUUAUCAAGGCGAACACGAUCGAGGAGCUCGCGGCCAAGAUUGAGGUACCUCCCGAGGUUCUCAGGGAGUCGGUGGCCGCAGCAAAUGAGAGGGCGCGCACUGGUGUGGACAACGAGUACCACCGAGGUGAGACGGCCUACGACCAGUGCUACGGAGACGUGACCCGGGGUUUCAAGAACCCGAGCCUUGGGCCUUGCGAAACCGCGCCGUUUUAUGCCCUUCCAUUGCAUCCCGGUAAUGUGAGCACGAUGCACGGAGUUUCCGUCAACGAAAAUGCCCAGGUCCUGGAUGAGGCGGGAAGCCGGUUCAGGGACUGUAUGCCGUGGGACUCGAUCAGAAUUCGGUGA